CUGACAUUAUAGGAACUGUAAUGAAUGAAAUGAUACGUUUUAUCAAAACGUCAAUGAUACAUCUCCGAAAUAUCGUUACAGCAUAUACAUUUCAUUGAGCAAUCAUAUAUUUUGUUAAUACAAUUUUACACGUUAAUACAUGAUAAAGAUUUAGUUAUCAGAAUCAGCGUACUAUCAUCGUUAUCGUUAAAAAUGUCAGAGAUAAAUGAUCACAAUAGAAGUAAAUUGUCAAAUUUAAAAGAGCGCCAUUUUAUAUUAUCACAAAAGAUUUGGUUAACUCUGUAACUUUAUGGUAGAUUAUAAAUUAAAUAGCCGCGUUUCGUUAUUAUUUCCGAGGCAGCUCGUUUUCUGUGACGAUGUCUUUACUAUGAAAGAAUAAAGCCUGGCAAUUUUCUGACGGAUCGAGAAACCAGCCGGUCGCGUUUAGAACGCUUCAUUCGUUGAGAAUAAAUCCUUUUUAGCGAUAAAGUUAAGAGGAAACGAUGGCGCUACAUAACGUACCGCCAAAAAGAAAAGAAAUAUAUAAGUAUGAGGCGCCGUGGCCUCUGUACAGCAUUAACUGGUCUGUGAGGCCAGAUAAGAGGUUUCGUCUAGCUCUAGGCAGUUUCGUAGAGGAAUACAACAAUAAAGUACAAAUAGUUUCGUUAGACGAGGAGACAUCUGAAUUUACUGCCAAAAGCACGUUCGAUCAUCCUUAUCCAACUACAAAAAUUAUGUGGAUACCAGAUAGCAAAGGAUUAUUCCCAGAUCUAUUAGCCACAUCUGGCGACUAUCUCAGAGUUUGGCGAGCGGCCGAGCCAGAGACCCGCUUAGAAUGUGUCUUGAACAAUAAUAAGAAUUCCGAUUUCUGUGCUCCCCUCACGUCGUUCGACUGGAACGAAGUCGAUCCAAAUUUGAUUGGCACUUCAAGCAUAGACACCACGUGUACCAUUUGGGGGCUAGAAACUGGUCAGAGUAUAGGCAGGACUAAUAUGGUCAACGGUCACGUCAAAACCCAGUUGAUCGCUCACGAUAAAGAAGUGUAUGAUAUAGCAUUUAGUCGCGCGGGUGGCGGUCGCGACAUGUUCGCGUCCGUCGGCGCUGACGGUUCCGUGAGAAUGUUCGAUUUACGGCAUUUGGAACACUCGACGAUAAUCUAUGAGGAUCCGCAGCACACGCCGCUGUUGAGACUCGCGUGGAAUAAGCAAGAUCCGAAUUAUCUCGCCACAGUCGCGAUGGACGCGUGCGAAGUAAUCAUUUUAGACGUACGCGUUCCAUGCACGCCGGUCGCGAGACUCAACAACCAUAGAGCGAGCGUGAACGGUAUAGCUUGGGCGCCGCAUUCGUCCUGCCACAUUUGCACAGCAGGGGACGAUCAUCAGGCGUUAAUUUGGGACAUACAGCAAAUGCCGCGAGCCAUCGAGGAUCCGAUUCUCGCUUACACGGCCGCGGAGGGCGAGGUGAAUCAAAUUCAGUGGGGUGCCACGCAACCUGAUUGGAUCGCGAUUUGCUAUAACAAAGCGGCGGAAAUUCUUAGGGUAUAAAGGUACUAUUUUCUAUUAGCGGACCGCGGGUCUUCUCUGAUCGACACCGGUUCGUGUGUAUCGAAGUCUUUUUUACCGUGUCGUUUACUUAAACUCAUCGUGUCGUGCGUUUUAUUUCAGUAUUUGUACAGAAUUUCGCAUCUGCCAUCAGUUUCUUCACGAUUCCUUUUGUACCUGUAUAAAAUAAGCAUGUACAAAUACUAGUUAUUUUUUAAGAUACAAAACGUUUUCAAGGGACACUCGAAUCGAUGGCCGGGUGUUUCGCGAUUUAGGAAUCUAUAAACGAAAAUUUAAAUAGAUUUUAAUAUUCCGAACGAUUUGAUUAAUUUUUAACGCGUCUAAAUUAUUGGGGGAGUAUACAAGACUGGCUCACUGAAAAUAUCCAGUAUAUGUACAUGUUAACUUAACGAUAAUACAAUGUUUAAUCAUCGUGCCACUCGUAUUUUACGUACUCAUUAAUCGUAUUGGUGAUCGAAGAAGAUCAUACAAAUCUAAAACGAGCUCAUGGGAUAAUUAAGGGUGAAAUAGUAGCGUAGGAUUGAUGCAUAGAUUCUGACGAACCACGUGUAUAUUUAUAGCCCCUGACUGUAAUCGAUGUAUCUUAUUUUGUGCCGACGUGACAACGAGGUUUUGGAAAUAGGACCGAUCUAUAUUCCUGACAAUUCUUGACAAGCAACGGGGCAAUCAUUUUUUACGAAGAACAAAAUAAGAUACAUCCGUUACGCUUCGAAAUUGUAUAUAUGUUUAUAUUUACAUAUUUACUUGUUUUUGUAGAGAAAAUGUAGGGUAUAAUAGUGAUAGAUCAUAGGUUUUUCACGUAUAUGUUCGCAUUAUAUUAGUGAUAUACAUCAUCAUAUUGAAAUAUAUUCGUACUUUAGUAAAAGGAUCGUCGAGUUCUUUUAUGAAAAUGGAGAAACGUAAUAGUAGCGCUCGUGAUACUAGGUAUUAAUAAUAAUUUAUACGUCAGAACGUUUAAUUUCGAGAUUAUAAUUAAAAGUAGAGUUUUAUUAUUUGAGUCGAUGAUCUUAAGUGAUCAGUAAUAGACGCGUCGAUCGAAGAUCAUACUAUCGUGCGAGGGACGUGAUAGGAUUCGUAAUUAAUACAAUUUAGGUUUUGAAAAAAGCACGAUUUUAUACGUACAUUGAUAUUCGAUCAUUUGAUAAUUUACAAAUACGUAAUAGUAAUGAGCAGCGAGAUGCAUUAUUUACAAUAAUGAAAUGUGUAAUGGGAGACAGGACAUUAGCCAAUUAAUACAUUCAUUUUACACAAUAAUCUCUUGUUCGUUUUUCAUCAAAUAUCCGACAACUUUACGCAGAUAUAGGAUUAAACUAUUAUAGUGCUACCGCUAAUUCAAUAAAUAUCAACUCUGAUACAGA